GACUUGGAAGAUUCCCUUCCUGCAGGCAGUUCAUCACCUGGUACGGGUGGGAACCGUUCAAACUCGUUACCACCUCCUUCAGUCCCUCCACAUUCCCUUGCAGCAUUUGGUUUAUUCCUGCGCCUACCUGGAUAUGCUGAAGUUCUGCUCCGAGACAAGAAGAAAGCUCAGUGUCUGCUCAGGCUGGUGCUAGGUGUUACAGAUGAUGGAGAAGGGGGUGACAUCUUCAGCUCUCCAGUUGCUGGGUCUCUACACACAUUGCCAUUCCAAGUCUUGCGUCAACUUUUUGACUCUACGCCACUCACGACUGAUGAUGGGGUUUUGUUGCGUCGAACUACCAUUGAUAUCGGUGCAGUACAUCUCCUGUUGGGUUGCCUCUCUGUUUUUACACAUCAAUCACAAGACAUAAAUCUUCCAGGAGUUCAGCAUGAGUUGGUCAUUGCUGCCACAAAAGCCACUGCUAUAUGCCAGGACAGUCGAGGAAAAUCUGAUGACAAAUCACAUUUAUAUUGGGCUAAAGGAACUGGUUUUGGCACUGGAAGUACUGUACAGUCAUGGAAUGUGGAACAAGCAUUGUUACGUCAACGUAGUGAAGAAGAGCAUGUCACAGUAUUGCUGCAGGUUUUGUCAAGUUAUAUUAACCCUGGCGGUGCAAUCCCUCCAAACUUCUUCACGGUAGAAGAUGAAGACGAAAGUGAGAGUGAGAGUGGACCAGAACAACCGCAGUUGCCCAUGUUAUUCCAUGACCUCUUGCAGCAGUCCUGUCUUUUGCCGGCAGUGUCUUCAUACCUUCGAAAUGAUUCUGUUCUUGAUAUGGCAAGGCAUAUACCAUUAUAUCGUGCUGUGCUACAACUACUUCGGGCAAUGGCACUUAGUCCGCAACUUGUGUCACUCUUGCUGCCUCAGGACAGAAGACAGAAGUCAUCUCACGGAGAUGAACUGUCAGUAGUUUGUCUACUCACAAAGAUGAAGAACUGUGUUGAUACUUACGCUUCACGCCUUAAAAUCAACAAAUCAAAAGGCAAUGGAAAAUCAAGAUUACCAUCAAAAUAUCAGGAUGAAAUAGAGCAAGAUGAGGGUUUGGCACUCCUUAUUCCUGACAUUCAGGAAACUGCCAAUCUUGUACAGGUUGCUACUGAUCGUCUUGUACUAGAAGAUGAUGUUGAAGCACCAACAGGGAAAGACAGUUUAGUGUCAGGCAACUUAGAAUUUCCAAUGCAGAGAUCGGUUGAAGAGAGGUACUUAGAAGUCAUGAAGCAGUUACAGUUUGAUACAUACGAGAUGAUAACCGAGUGCAGUGAAGGCGGAUACCAGUUUGUCGUUUCGUAUCACUUUGAGUCAAAUAUGCGUGCAGCAGGCGAAAGAAGCCACCCAUCAAGAGUGAAAAGACUGGCACAAGAAACAGUUACACUGUCGACUUCUCUUCCAUUAUCCUAUAGCAGUUCCGUGUUUGUUCGCUGUGAUACUGAUCGUCUUGAUAUCAUGAAGGUAUUGAUAACUGGGCCUGCUGAAACACCGUAUGCCAAUGGUUGCUUUGAAUUUGAUGUGUAUUUCCCAUCUGACUAUCCCAAUUCUCCAAUGCUCAUCAACUUGGAGACGACUGGUCAUCACACUAUCAGGUUCAAUCCAAACCUCUAUAAUGAUGGCAAAGUGUGCUUAAGUGUGCUUAAUACAUGGCAUGGACGACCAGAAGAAAAAUGGAAUGCUCAGACUUCAAGUUUCUUGCAGGUUCUGGUGUCUAUACAGUCCCUCAUCUUAGUUCCGGAGCCAUACUUCAAUGAACCAGGUUAUGAGCGAUCUAGGGGAACUCCUUCUGGCAACCAGAGUUCACGAGAAUACAACUCCAAUAUUUGUCAGGCUACCGUUAAGUGGGCUAUGCUGGAGCAAGUUCGUAAUCCAUGCCCAUGUUUUAGGGAGGUCAUUCACACACAUUUCUGGAUGAAGCGUCAAGAAAUUGUAAAUCAGAUUGAGGGCUGGAUUUCAGACAUGGAAACACAGUGUGGAGACAGACGUACUGGAAGAGCCAUUUCUUUGAAUGCAUUGGCUCUCAAGCGGCACUUUCGUCAAUUGAGGGAAGAGCUUGGCAAGCUGAAGACUCCGGAAGGUCUCGAUGACCUUGCAGACCCAGCAUUUCAGCUCGCUUCUUCUCCACCCGCAUCCGCUGUUCAGAGUGCUCUGGACUCAAAAGACACGUCACCAGUUGUCGGUAGCUCUAGUCAAGGGUUUGCACCUUUAGGUCCUGCGGGUGGACUUACCAACAGUCAGAAACAUUCUGCAGAAGAGAAUGUCCAUCAUGACAUUGACACUGAUAUAGAGAUGGAGAAAAUGGUAUCUAAAGUAUGUGAGUGAAGAGAAAAGUUACUAUGCUUGCUACAUUUUAGGUGUCUGUUCAUCACCCCGAGAACUCCAUAUGCUACUGAAGCUUGUUAAGAGUGACAAGAUGACAUCAGAGUUAGUCAUCGUUAACACUACUUCUAUAAAUGACCUUGACUCUUAGAACGUGAAUAUUUACAAGUUGAGGAAGAACGAGGCCAAAUUAAUGACUGAGGAAUCUUAUGCAUCAUUUGGGGCUUACAUAACAACCCACAAAUCUGAUUAUGAACUUGUAGCAUCAUUGGGCUUAUGUUUUCCAGGUUUUUGUUUGGAAUUGAAGAACAUUUACAUUGUAUCAGAGAUGUCACGUAUUAAUAAUGUGGCAGUAAAAAUUCUUGUUGCUAAUACAUUUCUGAAUCUAAUUAUUUAUUAUGUAUUAUUAAUUGUUCCCCAGAGACAUUAGUUGGCAGCAUUGAAUUUUAAUUUCUGAAGUGUAUGACAACCAACAUUGUGCAUUGUUCCAAAGAAGCAUUGAUUUUCCUGCAUGUUGAGUUUUCUUUAAAUGAUGGCAGGAAUUAGAAGUGACACUAGAACCACUGAUUUAACAGAAUUAUUCAUUAAAUAUUUUGUACUGUGAUUCUUUUCCUACAAGUCAAUUCAUUAUGAAUUACAAAGAAUAAUUUACAGUUUUACUUUGCAUUAGUUAACAGAAUAUAACAGUAAUUCUUCUUAUAAGCAAUAUUUUGAUUCUGAUAUAAUGGUAUUAUAUCCUUGAACUAAACAGGUCAACCGUAAAAGCAAAAUAAGUGUAAGUACUGACACUGAAGGUAAUAUGUGUAUAAUUUCAUAUUAUGAACACCUUGUUUAUACCCAUUUCUCUCUUACAAGCUUGGAGCUGAGUACUACUUUUGUACAGGAUUUUUUAUGAGCUGCAUUCUUGAGUUCUGUAUGUAACUUAGAAACUGCAUGACGUAUAUGGACAUUUUGUUCAGUUACAUGUUACUUAGUAUGUUUAAGAACGAAGGCUCCAGUGUAGUUAUAAUCAUUUCUAUAUCUUUAACUUCAGAAUUAACAAUCCAGUCUUGCUGAUACUAAGAAAUAAUGACAGUUGUUCAGUGACUGCGCCACCUAUUUUGGACAUGCCAUAAUUUUAUAAUGUGCAUAGUUCUUAUCUAAGAGUGAUGAUAACCUACUUCGCAUGUGAUAUACGGGUCACCAGUUACAGAAUGUGUGAUACCUUUUGCCAAUGUGAGGUUGUGGAAUAUUAUCUGUUGUUAGAGAAGACACUUGGUUUGAUAGUGUCUUGUGUGUUUACACGUUGACAUAGUGGCUAAAAUUGUGAAUAUUGUGUAAAAUGUGUCUUUAGAAGAAUUUAGUGUGUUUGUGUGAUGAUCAGAGUGUUUUUGAGAGUGACUGGGAAAGAAAGCGCCUGUUAUGGAGAGGGACAUGUGGUUAUCAUUAAGUAAAUAUGGAAUAAUUAGUUGUGUGAGAGCGCAUUGCAUAAAGGAAUAAACAAAAAUAUUUUAAUUGUUUACAAACUUGUGACCAGAGUCAGGGGAUUUUAGCAAGUAUUUAUUUCUACAACUAAUGCAGAACAUUUUCCUUUUGAAAAUUCUGAUCGUUUUUUUAAAGAUUCUAAAAGGGUUUAUACUGUAUACUGUUUUAUAAAUAUAAGCAGUUUUGAAGAUGGAUGCAAGUUAAGUUGCAGAGAGUAUGUAGUCCCAUUGAACUCUGGGAUUUAAUAACACACAAGAAAAAAUACAUAACAAAAUACUUUGUAUUUCCGAUGUUUAACCUAUUUAAGUCCAGCUUAUGCUUUCACCCAAGUCCCUUUGAAGCUCUUUUCUUAUGUGAAUAAAUGAAACAAGGUGGAAGGACAAGUAAUAUACAGUAUAAUAGCAUCAGGAUUUUUAAAAAAAUAUGUUACGUGAGAAAAAUAUUAUGAUUGUAAUUUGGAAUCAAUAAUAGAUGGUAAAAUUU